AUGGAGAGCAUAAAAGAGAUAGAAGAAUCGGAAGUGAUUCAGAGAGAAAACGAAGUAGCAGAACUUGUAGUCGGAAGGUUUUGGGAGAGGAAUAGAGAGAAUGAAGGAAACGAGUAUUUGGAAAAUUUAGAAGAUGAGGAGGAAGAAAAUAAUAGCAAAGGCGAGAAAGAAAAACCAACGAAGGACACUGUUGGAAAAGAAAAAGAAGAAAAGAAGAAGAAGUCAAAGCAGAGAGAAGAGGAAAUCAUGAAAGAAGAAGCUAUGUAUAGAAGGAUGAGGCAAGAUAAAAAGAAAGAAACAACGGAAAAGAGAGAAAGGGAAUUACGCGAGGAGGAAGAAGAUGAAGUUAGAUCUAGAAAGAAAGAAGAAAAAAAGUUAGAAAAAAUCCGCGAGAAAGAUUCUAUAAGAACAAAUAUGGAAGAGAUUAAAUACCAUGUAGAACAAAUAAUGUCGGCGGCGAGUAAGGAGUCUGGUAGUAAAUUGGUUUUUAACAGAGGAGGCCAAGCGGCGGUAAAGGAGGCGCUGCUAGGAAUAGAAGGAACAUGCAUAGGUUUUCUAGUAAAACAGCUGGAAUUGAAAGAAGAGAUCAGGCGAGUAGAAAAUAAAUAUAAAAAACUGGAAGAAGAAUAUAUGGUAAAUAAGAUGGAAAACGAAGAAGUAAAGAAGCGCAUGAUAGAAGAAAAUAGGACCUUGAGCAAUGAAUGCAAGAAAUUGGAAGAAGAGUUUGAUGCAGUUAGAAGAACAAUAUGGGACAAGCAGAUAAUGUCAGGAGCAGUUCAACGCGUAAAGGCCACAGAAACGGAUCUAGAAUUAAGGGAGAACGAUAAUAAAAGUAGAAAUGUUGAUAUUAACAGGACGCAAAAGCUGGAUGGUCAGGCAGAGGGCAGAGGUGGAAGGAUUGAGGCAGAGAAGGAAAGGGUAAGUGAAAUAGAGAUUGAAAGGAACAGAGAGAAUGGAAGUAUAUUUGUUUUGAAUGACGAUGAUGGAAGUGAUAAUUCAGAUAAGGGAAGUGAGAAUGAGGAAGUUUCAUAUGCUCGGGUGAUAAGAGGGCGAGGUAGAGGGAGAGGAAGAGGAAGAGGUAGAGGAAGAGGAAGAGAAAUGAGAGGAGUAGAGAGUGUGAGAGAAAGAAUUGAGUGA